CGAUCUUCGUAUAAUCAACUGUCACGUUCCUUAGGAUCUAUUUCUUAUCAUGAGCACGGAUCUAGGCACUACCCAGGGCGCGCCGCCAGAAUCGCCCGAUACUGGAUCGCCCGAUGUCGAGUCACCCGAUAUCGAAUCACCCGAUGUCGAUUCGCCCGAUGCCAAAUCUAGCGAAGUUGUUGAAUCAGAAGUCGACCGCCUUGCUGAUCUAAUUACUAGCGAAGCCUUCGCCAAGGCAUUCGAUCUAGCAGUCCAAAAGAAGAUCGAGACUUCUUUGAAAAGCGACGAUUUGAAAAGUGAUGUUGAAGUCAACAAGCCGUUCGAACUGCUUUACAACCUUAAGAAGGAAAAGGAGGAGGAAGAAGAGGAGAAGAAAUAUCCAAAAGACUGCUACACUUUCAUUGCUCGAGGACCGAAUAAUGGGGGAGGAAAAGCUUUCUGUCUUGGAAUAAUGGUUUUCUUGUUCCAAGUCAGUCUCCUUGCUCUCAUGCUUCUUAGCAAAUGUUGGGGUUGGGUGAGCCAAAAUGAAGAUGUUGACAACCCAAACCAGGAAAAAGAUAUGUUUGCAACUUUUCUCCAUUCAAAUGCAAGCGUUUUGGUUCGCAUUACACAAGUUGUCUCAACUUUUGCCUUUUUCAUUUUUGGAGGCGAGAGCUUGUCUGAUUUUUCAACAGCAGUGCUGCAUUUUCCAGGAUUCUCUGAAAAAGAUAGUAAAUGGCCAAUAUUUGCCUGCAUUCUUCGUGGAUUACAGGGUCUCUUGGGCUGCGCGACAGCAAUGCUAUUGGUUGUGACGUCAACUGAUGUGAUCGAUAUCGUGUUGAACUUCACAGCUGUGCAUUUCAUUUCGUCUUUUGAUAACAUGGCGUACGAGCUUUCAAAGGAUGGACUUUAUAAUGUCUCUUUGCAGGAAGCGACGAAAAAGAUUGAAGAAUUUGAGCUGCCAGGAAGAUGCCAGCGAGAGACCGCAGGGAAAGCCAAAAUUUACUUUAUUAUCGUCAUCGCGUUGGCUGUAAUUUUCCUCGUCUCUCUUUUCGUGCUUGUUAUUGUUGGAGAAGAGCACGAUGUAUGGGCGACACAUUUAUUCCGGGUAGAGUUUGACGACUCAACUGGUCUAGAGAAUUACAGUGGGUGCUACAAAUUUGAUGGAGACACACAUGACAGAAGAUUCCAAUAUGAAAGGCUGAUGCCAGCGGACGAAUUCAACGAGGACGUAACUUACGCGGCUAGAGCCGAGUAUUGCAAGGAUAAACGCAAAUGGAUCUUUCACACAUGCGAGUUAGAACCUGAUUUCGAACUUGCAAUCUCUUCGCAGACGCUCACCUUUGAUAUUUCGACUUCCUUUGACAGCGGUUGGGUCUCUUCUGGCAACAAACCCCUGGAUAUGUAUUUCAUGGACAAUGACAACAAUUCUAGAGAAAGGGAAGAUUUGGCUUGCGAUAUCAAGGUAGGGGAUGGAAGCUGUGAUGAAAAAUUGAAUACGCGUCAAUUCGGAUACGACGGUGGCGAUUGCUGUCCAGCAGAAUUGACUGGUGAUGUGAAAGUUCCAUCAAAUGCAACAAUCCAAACAUUUGUCAUCGGUAAGAUGGAUGAGAAGUUUGUAUCAGAUGACGGAAAGUAUAGCUGCAAGCAAGAUGUCCUCAGUCUUCCCCAAAAAGGACUAACAGGAGAAAUCCCAACGGAAAUUGGAAAAUUUACUGUAAUGAGCUCUCUGGCAAAAUUCCAACUGAAAUAGGGGAUAUGAAAUCACUGAGAGUUAUUUACUUGUCCAACAACGCACUAAGUGAGGCAAUUCCAAUGGAGAUUGGAAAGUUGGAGCAUCUCACUACACUGUCUGUUUGUGAGUUUCAUUGAACUGUGCGAGGGUUAUCCUUGGUACUAUGUCUUGCUGGAUAGUCAAACAUUUGGUCUCACAACUUUUAUGCAUUUGUAGGGGAAAACCAGCUCACAGGCACAAUUCCAACUGAAAUUGGAUUGAUGACAAACCUGAGGAUUAUCUCCUUGAGUAAGUCUCUUAAGUGUCUCAAAAGUCCAGAAUGUAUGUUGCAAUCAUCAACUCACCACCUUGUUCACUGACUCCAUGUAAUGCUGUUUUAGGCAAAAACCAGCUGAAAAGUCCUAUUCCAUCAGUGAUUGGACUUCUGACCAAUCUCAAAGAAUUGUCUCUCUGUGAGUUUCAUUCAUCUGUACAGGGCUAUCUUUUGUUAUUGAUAUUGUGGUCACAUUCCCAUUAUUUGGUCUCACAACUUUUAUGCAUUUGUAGGGGAAAACCAGCUCACAGGCACAAUUCCAACUGAAAUUGGAUUAAUGACAAACCUGAAUUGGAUCUACAUGGGUAAGUCUCUCAAGAGUCUGGAAAAGCCAGAAUGUAUGUUGCAAUCAUCGACUCACCACCUUGUUCACUGACUCCGUGUACUGUUGUUUUAGACAAAAACCAGCUGACAGGUACUAUUCCAUCAGUGAUUGGACUUUUGACCAAUCUCAAUAAAUUGUCUCUCUGUGAGUUUCAUUCAUCUGUAUAGGGCUAUCUUUUGUUAUUGGUAUUGUGGUCACACUAACAUUAUUUGGUCUCACAAUUUUUAUGCAUUUGUAGUCAAAAACCAGCUCACAGGCACAAUUCCAACUGAAAUUGGAAACUUGAAAAAGCUAAGAAAGCUUCAUCUUUGUGAGUACUUUCUAUUCUUGCCAUGUUUUUCUUCGUUUGAUAAUCUGCGGCACAUUCCAAACCUCAACCUGAAUUCUACGCACGCUUUCUCCUACACUCUGCAGACGAAAAUGAUUUGACCGGACAAGUUCCAUGCGAGGUGAAACUCUUGAUCGAUGAAAACCCCGGAAUAUUGAACGACGAUCAAUGUGAGUUCUCCAUUGUUUGCUGUUCUGUUUUCUUGCUCUCAAGCAUGUGAUCUAACACCCAUCCGUUUCUCGUAUUCUUGAAAGUUGUCCAAAAUGAUGGAGAUAACCUUGGUUAUCCGGCUUGUGCUUAAACACCACGAUGGUUCUCGGCAUGGCGUUGUUCCACGAC